CAAGAUUUGGGUUUUUCUCUUUUCUAGACUGAUCUCCAGCCUGAGACAGCAGCAGACCGGAACUAUGCAGACAAUUAAGUGUGUAGUUGUGGGCGAUGGAGCUGUUGGUAAAACGUGCCUUCUAAUUUCUUACACAACAAAUAAAUUCCCAUCUGAAUAUGUACCAACGGUGUUUGAUAACUAUGCUGUAACAGUGAUGAUUGGUGGAGAGCCAUAUACCCUAGGCCUCUUUGACACAGCUGGGCAAGAAGACUAUGACAGAUUACGGCCCCUUAGCUAUCCACAGACAGAUGUGUUUCUGGUUUGCUUCUCCGUGGUCUCCCCAUCUUCAUUUGAAAAUGUGAAAGAAAAGUGGGUACCUGAAAUCACUCACCAUUGUCCAAAGACUCCUUUUUUGCUUGUUGGGACCCAGAUUGAUCUCCGAGAUGACCCCUCAACAAUUGAGAAACUUGCCAAGAAUAAGCAGAAGCCCAUCACUCCGGAGACGGCUGAAAAACUGGCACGUGACUUGAAGGCAGUCAAAUACGUGGAAUGCUCUGCACUUACACAGAAAGGCCUAAAGAAUGUAUUUGACGAGGCGAUUUUGGCCGCCCUGGAGCCUCCGGAGCCGAAGAAGAGCCGCAGGUGUGUGCUGCUAUGAACGUCCUUUCCCAGCCCCUUCUGCAAAGCUGGUGUUGAUGUCAUACUAAAAGCAAUGUUGAAAUCAAACUAAAGAUUCAGAUUCUCCAGUUUUUUGGUUUUUUUUUUUUUGCAAUAAAGACAAAUGCCGUGCACCUCCCUUUCCAUACGCUCCUUGUGUGAGACGCAAAUGUUAGUGCUCUUCUCCAGUGCCCCUCAGUUAGACUAAUUUUUUUAAAAAAGUUGUAUUUCAACCGACACUGAUCAUUACUAGUUUUUGUUUACUGUUUAAUUUUUGUUUUUGUUUUUAAAAUUCAGGCAUGCUUGUGGUGAUUCCUUCUGUAACAGAGUAAAUUUUAGGCUGUAGCCUUCGGGCCCUGAACUGUUGUUGCUAGGCUGGCAUUUCUUGGAAUCUGCAGUCUUCUGUGGCCAGCUUGCAAUCCGGGGGUGAGCAGGUUUCAAUCCUUGGAACAGAUUCUAGAGUUGAAAUAUGUCCCCAACCUGGUGCUUCUUUGAAGAGGGGAGUAGCACAUUCUUUUAAUCUACAUCUCCUCUGAAGUUGCCUUGGAUCUGUUUCCCUUCCUUUUCUUCAGGCGGGUCAGAAAUUCCCAUCCUGCUCUUUUAACACUCAAAAUGUAAAUGAGCCCUUUGUUUACAUAUUCAGCCAAAAGCUUUUUGUGUGUGUAAUGCACACACAUACACACACACAUACCAACACAUAGUAAACUCUCCCCAACUUUGCCAAUUACUAAUUUUUUUGUAGGUAGUGUUCAAAAACUUGAGGACUUUAGGCAUUAAAUAAGCCCUUCUUUUGACAAGCAGACACUUCUUAUGACUAGUAACAUGAGCGAUGUAUUUGAAACCAAUCCACAUGGCUUUUGCUGAUGGUAACGGAGGUUUGAAGCUAUAAGCUGACUGUGCCACAGAAUGGUUCAGCAUUCUCUUCAAAGAGAAGGGGAAUGACACGUGUCUCGUCAGGAAAUAAACAUAUGGAGGAGAAGAAUGUUCAGUAUGAGAUCUUGGGGACCGGCAGAGGCAGUACCUUACACGUAUGAGCGCUUCUGUCCUCCUAGGUUGUCGCUCAGUGUAAGAGAUCACUUGGGGCUCUCUGAGUCCAGUGUUAGUAGGGAUCUUACCAGAAUUAUACUCCAACUUAAUAUUUCUCGAUCUUCCCAGACUCUAAUUCUUGUAGAUUCAUUAGUGUUGAACUGAUGCUUUUUUCCAUGUCUUAAGUUCUUUGUAUAUGCAUUUUUUCAGAUGUAUUAAACAUAAAGUAUCUUCACAA